UACGACGGAACGAUCGAAGAAAAACAUCCGCUAGCCCGCCAGGGAAGCCACGCGUCGGCUAUUCGGGUGUGCCAGUUUGGGAGGAAUUCGGUGAGCGGAUGCAUGCGGCAGAAUGACCGAGAGUCGACGUGAAAGGGUGGAGGGAGGGGAGGGAAGAGAAUUGUGUAUUUCCCACAUCUCAAAGCAUCGUUGGGUCAAAUUCUCCCGUCUUGGGGAGGAAGGCUAUUCAGGACAUCCGAAUUCAGCCAUGACCACCCGAUCAAGAGGACGGAGAGUCAUCCGGAGUUAAACGCAUACGUGCUACUCCUCUGCUUUCAAAUGAAUCAUUUUAAAAAUAAAAUAGGACCCAAAGAAAAAGUGCUUUGCCUUCUCUGCCUUCUGAAAAAUAAGAAGUGUUUUCCCUUCGUCUCCAGAGUAGAAGCGUUUACGCAGGCAUUUGUAAAUCUCUGGACCCUUGCUUUCCGAGAGGCCAGGGCGAAGGACAGUUAUUAGGGAUUUUGUUUCCCCCCUCCUCCUUCUUUCGCAGAGAUGGAAAGAAGUACUAAUCAUCUGCGGGUCUAUCCGUGGAGAGAAAUGCGGUAUGAAUGCGGACAGGGUGCGUCGGUGAGGCUGUGAACCGUGCGUGUGUCUGUGUGGGGUCGUGCUCCCGCUCGGACAAUGCUGGAGGUCUGCGGAGAGCUGCCCGCAGUAUGGCCGAGUACAAGAGGGCGACCCUGCAGGACGAGGAGAGUCCAGAGCCCCCCAGGGAUGGGAACGCCUCUCCGGAUAGUGUGGAGGUGGGUUUUCGGAAGGGAGCGGGACCCGUCCUCGGCCCCCGCACCCAGCUGGAACUGGCCUUGGGGGGGAUCUCGCUGCUGCUGGCCGUGUUGCUGCUGGGCUGCCUCGUGGCGCUGGGCGUCCAGUACGGCCGUGACCCGGCUCACACCAUCUGCCUGACGGAGGCCUGCGUCCGGGUGGCCGGGAAGAUCCUGGAGUCCCUCGACCGGGGGGUGAGCCCCUGUGAGGACUUCUACCAGUACUCCUGUGGGGGCUGGGUGCAGCGAAAUCCCCUGCCCGACGGACGCUCCCGCUGGAAUACCUUCAACAGCCUCUGGGACCAGAACCAGGCCGUGCUCAAGCAUCUGCUAGAGAACGCCACUUUCAACUCCAGCAGCGAGGCGGAGCGUAAGACCCGGCGCUUCUAUCUCUCCUGCCUGGGGGAGCAGCGCAUCGAGGAGCUGGGGGCUCAACCGCUGAGGGACCUCAUCGACAAGAUAGGUGGCUGGAACAUCACAGGGCCCUGGGGCCAGGAGAACUUCCUGGAGGUGCUGAAGAUGGUGUCGGGAACUUACCGAGCCAGCCCCUUCUUCACCGUCUACGUCAGCGCAGACUCCAAGAGCUCCAACAGCAAUGUCGUCCAGGUGGACCAGUCAGGCCUCUUCCUGCCCUCCCGUGACUAUUACUUGAACAGAACUGCCAAUGAGAAAGUGCUGGCUGCGUAUCUGGACUACAUGGUGGAGCUGGGCACCCUUUUGGGCGGAAGUCCGGCCUCCACCCGGGAGCAGAUGCAGCAGGUGCUGGAGCUGGAGAUCCAGCUGGCCAACAUCACCGUGCCCCAGGACCAGCGGCGGGACGAGGAGAAGAUCUACCGUAAGAUGAACAUCGCCCAGCUCCAGAUCGUGGCGCCUGCCGUGGAUUGGCUGGAGUUUCUGUCCUUCGCAUUUGCACCCCUGGAAAUGUCGGAGACGGAGCCGGUGGUGGUGUAUGGGACGGACUACCUGGAGCAGGUGUCGGAGCUCAUCAACCGCACGGAGAGCAGCAUUCUGAACAAUUACAUGAUAUGGAAUCUGGUGCAGAAGACCGCCUCCAACUUGGACCAGCGCUUUGAGAAUGCUCAGGAGAAACUGCUGGAGACACUCUAUGGCAGCAAGAAGUCCUGUACUCCACGCUGGCAGACCUGCAUCUCCAACACAGACGACGCCCUCGGCUUUGCUCUGGGCUCCCUGUUUGUGAAGGCCACCUUCGAUCGGGAAAGCAAGGACGUUGCAGAAGGGAUGAUCAGUGAGAUCCGGGCAGCUUUUGAGGAGGCCCUGGGGCAGCUUGAAUGGAUGGACGAGAAGACCCGGCAGGCCGCCAAGGAAAAGGCAGAGGCCAUCUACGACAUGAUUGGAUUCCCCGAUUUCAUUCUGGAACCCAAGGAGCUGGAUGAUGUGUACGACGGGUACGAAGUUUCGGAAGAUUCCUUCUUCCAGAACAUGCUGAAUCUGUACAACUUCUCUGCCAAAGUGAUGGCCGACCAGCUGCGCAAGCCUCCCAACCGGGACCAAUGGAGCAUGACUCCCCAGACGGUGAACGCCUAUUACCUUCCAACCAAGAAUGAGAUCGUCUUCCCUGCCGGCAUCCUGCAGGCCCCGUUCUAUGCCCGGAACCAUCCCAAGGCCUUGAACUUCGGGGGCAUCGGAGUGGUUAUGGGCCAUGAGCUGACCCACGCCUUUGAUGACCAAGGGCGCGAAUACGACAAGGAAGGGAAUCUGCGUCCGUGGUGGCAGAACGCCUCCUUGGCAGCAUUCCGGAACCGCACGGCCUGCAUGGAAGAGCAGUACGGGCAGUACCACGUCAACGGCGAGCGGCUCAAUGGGCGCCAGACUUUAGGCGAAAACAUUGCUGACAACGGGGGGCUCAAGGCCGCCUACAAUGCUUACAAAGUGUGGCUGCGAAAACACGGCGAAGAACAGCGCCUGCCAGCAGUGGGACUCACCAACCAUCAGCUCUUCUUUGUGGGAUUUGCCCAGGUGUGGUGUUCGGUGCGCACGCCUGAGAGCUCGCACGAGGGCUUGGUCACGGACCCGCACAGCCCCGCCCGCUUCCGUGUGCUGGGCACGCUCUCCAACUCCCGGGACUUCCUCCAGCACUUCGGCUGCCCCGUGGGCUCUCCCAUGAACCCUGGGCAGCUCUGCGAGGUGUGGUAGGGGCAGACGGCCUCCUCGGACAGCCCUUCCCUUUCCCCCCCCCCCCCGUCCUCUCCCCCCAGGACCCCAGGACUGCUCUUCCUCCCCCUCCUCCCCAGGGGUCCUCCGCAGUGGGGUUGCGGAGAGGGGCCUCGGGGCCGCUAGGCCCGUUGCUCUCCCUCCCUGGCCCUCCUGCAGGAGCAGGACAGGCCUUUCCCGGGACCCUUUGUUCUCCCUCGCCGCAGAGUGGAACCACGCCUCUCCUGUCAAUCUCCCGCCACCACCACGUUGUGCCACUGCCGGGGGAGGCUCUGUUUCUGCCAGGGUCCUCCCCUCCUUCACUGUGACGGCCCUAGCUGAGACGGGUUCCAGGCUCCCACCCCACCCCCUCCGGCCAGACACCGUCGGGUAGAGAGGAAGUCAGGCUCUCCGGGCCCCCGGAGAAGGACGGAGGGAUGGGGACGGGGCGUCGGGGGUGGGGGAGAGGAGGGAGCAGCUCGGUCACUUGCACAAAGCAGCGUCGGGCAGGGGGUGGGAAUUCCAAGGGCUCUGGCAGAAACAGAAGCGAGACCCAGCCCCUUCAUCCCAGAUAAGCCAUUUCAGUAGAGAGAGGGAGAGGGAAAAGAAGAGGGAGAGUUGGGUGGGAGGGAGAAGGAGAGAGAGAAAGAGAGAAGUCUCUGUCCCCAGCCAGUGGACUCCCAGACUCCUUCAAAAGGCUAGCCGGGUCAGAGGAAGAACCUUCUGGGUAACGAUCUCUUGGCCCUCCUAUCCCAACUCCACACCUGGGUCCUGGGGCCUACCGGGAGAUGAUGAAAUUUCACCGAGGACCCAUAAGAAAGCCCUGAAGUUUCCUCGUGGACCCAUAUAAAAGCCCUUUGCUUCAGGCGAUCUACCACCUCCGCCCCACCUGCCGUUCCCAAGCCCCCAGCCCCGUGAGACCCUGGGGUCCUCUCCCAGCAGCUGCUCCUCAGAUCCCCCGCAAACCCCAGGGGGUAGAACCUCAUCCUGCCGCUCUCAAUCGCCGCCGCUGCCCUGCCCGGUGCCCCUACCUUGGGGCAGAAGCCUCUGCACCUUGCCUCCUGCCCAGGCACUGAUUUGGGGGAGGGGGCGGUGCCAGCAACCGCAGUGUCUUAGGAGAAAUGACUGAGGGUGUGGGCCGGUUCUCCCACAGGCCUGUGUAAAGUGAAGAUGGGAGAGGUGGGGAGGGAUGAGGGGAAGGGGAGAGGGAGGGAGGGGCAGAGUUUAUUUUUACAUGGACGAUGGGGGUGGGGAGGGCCAGGCCCUGCAAGGAUGCUCUGUGCCAAUAAAU